GGUUUAAAUAUAUAUUUAGUCUCCACCAUGGUGUCCGUCAGGCUGCUCCUACUGUCUGGGUUUGCUUGCCUCGCCACUGCCUUCACCGCUGCGGACGCUUCAGGACAUGUCAGCCACCUGGUGGUUACUCCACAGAGUCCAGUGCUGGAGAUCGGGACAAACUUCACAGCUACGUGCACGAUCGUUGACACAGAUGAAAUCACUGUGGAUGAUCUCUACUGGCGGCUGUCUAAUACUAACAUACCUGAGGAACACUACAAGAAGAUCAACAGAACACUUAGUGUCACUUUCCCCGUCAGAAGUGAAAAAGCUGAAUGGUUGAUAUGUCAACUAAAGAGGCCCCACCAGGUCAUCUGGUAUGAAGGCAAAUUCAUUCAAGGAAUAUGGCUUAGAACCGGCUAUCGUCCAGGGAAGCCGGAGAAUCUGUCGUGUAAAGCAUUUCAGGAGAAGUCCUCCAUCUCUCCAAUCAUCACUUGUGAAUGGGAGGUCACCGGACGUCAAACCAAAGACGUUCCUACAACAUACAUGCUGAUAGCUACAUAUGGCAAUGAUAAGAAGAGUACCUCAACACCAAACACCAAAGCCCAACUGUCUCUGAGCACCUUCCCCGAUUUUAUGUUGCUGGACAUUUGGGUGGAAGCGCGUAAUGAUCUGGGGAUGGUUUCAUCUGAGCUUCUGAAAAUCGAAUCUAACUGCAUUGUGAAACCAAACCCUCCAUCAGAAGUGAAAGUCAUUUCAGAGAAGGAGUUUCCUUCCUCUCUUCUCAUAAACUGGACCCAUUCUCUUAAUGUUUACUCGAUUACUUGUCAAAUUCGAUACUGCACAAGUGGAUCUCACAUGUGGACCUACGUUCCUCUUGCAGACAUUGUCUCUCCUAUAAAGUCCUUCAGACUCCAGGACCUCCACCCUUACACAGAUUAUGUCAUUCAGCUACGCGGCAAAAUGAAUGGGAACGACUGCGGGUACUGGAGCAACUGGAGCACCAAUAUGACCAAAAGAACCCCAGAAGAUAUACCAUCAAGUAAACCGGAUUUAUGGAGCACCAUUGUUGAGAGUGGCCCAAAUAAACGACAAGUGAAGUUGAUUGCGAAGGAUCCUCAAAGAGCGAAUGGGAAUAUAAGAGGAUUUGACAUAUCCAUUCUAUACCACAAGCAUGGAAAUCCUGAACUGGAGAGUAUCCCAGUCAACAGGUCCGAGGAAGACAGCCGCUCCAGUCACAGAAGAGUCAAUGAACUUAAAGAGAUCUCCCUGGCUGACAAUGAGUCUGUAUUAGUUGCUGUCACUGCAAAUAAUUCUGUGGGGACAUCUCCUAAGGCGUACUUGGGCAUCCCUGCUAAAUCAAACAGGCCUACCCCAGUGAAGGACCUGAAGGUCUGGUCUCAUGAGGGUCAGUUGUACCUGGAGUGGAAACUGGCAAAUAACACGACUGUAUCAGAAUAUGUGAUCGAGUGGAUCAAGGAUGAUGGAACAAUGUGGCCAAACUGGCAGAGAGAAGCUGGAUCAGUCCGACAAACUACAAUUAAAGGAGAGCUGGAGCGUUUUGUUUGCUACAACGUGUCCGUGUAUCCCAUACGCUCCCGAUGGGUCAGGAAACCAGCUCGACUACAAGCCUUUCUGGAAGAAGGAGCUUGA